AUUGUCGUUUGCAAAUGUGUUGCUAUAUAAACGCUUUGAGUUUUGUUUAUAGUUCAUAUAUAAUUAAGGAGUUAUCCUUUCUAACUAAUAAUUGAGAGGAUCAUUGCUAGCCAAUGUUAAUAAUGUCUAAAUCGCACUUUAGUAAUAUUUUUAUAGCUAUCUUUGGUUUAUCUAUUUUAUUUAAUUGUUUAACAAAUGCCGCGGUACAUCGCACCAUAGAAGAGGCUCGUCAAGAACGUCAGCGUUUAGUGCAAAAAUAUAUUAAAACUCUUAAUAAAGAGGAGGGCGCUAUACGCUUGGUUGGUGGCCAAACGGAAUUCGAAGGUAAUAUCGAGGUAUUACACAACAAUAAAUGGGGAGCAAUAUGUGAUGAUGAAUGGGAUGCCAUCGAGGGUCGCUUAGUAUGUAGACAACUUGGUUUUCCCGGUUUUAAAAAAGUAACACAUAGUGGUUACUUUGGACCAGCACGACGACGUUUUUGGAUGGAUAAUUUAUUUUGUGAAGGUCACGAGAAAGAAUUAACGCAUUGUCGAUUCGAUGGUUGGGGUGUGAAUGAUUGCGAAGCUAGUGAAGCAGCCGGUGUUAUAUGUGAAAGCCCAUAUCCAGAACCAACUGAACCACCUAAACUUAAUUUACCAAAAUAUCGCAUACAUCAUGCGUUUCCAGUUGAUGUACGCCUACGUGGAGGACGCACGCGUAAUGAAGGUCGCGUAGAGGUAAGCAUAGACAACGGAGCAUGGGGUACAAUAUGUUCAGAUGGUUGGUCAUUACUUGAAGCGAAUGUUGUAUGCCGGCAAUUGAAUUUGGGUUAUGCACGUGAUGCAUUACAAACAGAUUAUUUCGGUGGAGCAAAUAUAUCCGCAAAUAUGUUAAGUGGCACAGAAUGUUAUGGUAAUGAAUCCACGCUGGCACAGUGUCUACAUCACGAUCAGCAAGCAGGCACAGCAGGUUGUCAUGGGCUAGUAAACCAUGUGGCUGUAGUUAUAUGCGAUCAUUUAGCUCCUGAUUUAGUAGUAGAUUUUUAUGAAUUGGAACGUACUGCACAUUUAGAAGAUCGUCCUAUGGCUUUAAUGCAGUGUGCAAUGGAAGAGAAUUGUGUAGCGAAUGAAGCUUAUGAAAUACAACGUGAUGAUCCAAAUUGGCGUUAUUCGACGAGAAGAUUACUCAAAUUUACGGCAAGUGCACUAAAUGCUGGCAACACAGAUUUUCGACCUUUUAAGGAGAAACACAUGUGGGAGUGGCAUAUGUGCCAUAUGCACUAUCAUAGCAUGGAAGUGUUUGCUACUUUUAACAUAUAUGAUUUGCAUGGUAUUAAAGUGGCACAGGGUCAUAAAGCAUCCUUCUGCUUGGAGGACAGUCAGUGUUUGCCGGGUAUACCAAAGAAAUAUAACUGUGCCAAUUUUGGUGAUCAAGGCAUUUCUGUGAAUUGUUCAGAUGUGUAUUUAUAUAACCUUGAUUGUCAAUGGGUUGAUAUAACAGAAAUGGAAACGGGUGAAUAUAUCUUAAAAAUGGCUAUUAAUCCAGAAUUUAAGGUUGCUGAAAUGAGUUUCGAUAAUAAUGCUGCUGUAUGCAGUUUAAUUUAUACUGAAACCUAUGCUCGAGUAGAAGAUUGCAGGCUAGAAAGACCUUAAAUUACUGAACAUAUUUAAUAUUUUAUAAAAUAUUAAGAGAACUGCUCUUAUGAAUAACGAGUAGCCAAGCGAACAUGUGCCAAAUAUUAACUAAGAACCAAACACUGCUUUUGCUUAGCAAAACUAUUUAUGGGUAUUAAGUUUACAAAUGAAAUUAUAAUAAUUUAUGAAUAAAGAAAUCAUAUUAUGAUGUAUGUAUAGAUAUGUAU